AUGUCUAUUCCACAGACACCAGCGAUGAAAUGGCGAUUCCAGUCUAUUUUAGUUUCUCGACUGUUAUCUGAUGCCCUUUUUAAGCAUGUGAAUUCUAAAAUUUUAGGGAAUCCAUUAGAGGUAGAUGCUCGCUUAAAAUCCUCUAUUAAACAGCUUGGUUCUAAAUCAUUACGUGCUAUUUUCCCCGGAAUAACUGAACUGAUCGAGACAUCCACCUUUUCCAACUCUAUUGAACUCUUUGCUAGCUACAAACGUUUGUGCAAAUUUGUUUCCUUGGUUGACUACGGAUUCUCAGACUUAAUUUAUUCCCAGAGCUUCCAAUGUUUAAAUUCUUCUGAGUGUAGCCUGCUUAAACAAUCUUUAGAUCGAAAUGGGAGUUUUCCUUUACCUCAUGAGUUUUAUCUUCAUUUACUUCAGCUUGACAAUAUUGCGGGUGCUACUCCCAUUUUUCUUUUGAAAGGAUUGGUGAAUGUCAUAUCCUAUUUCCAUUUUUCAACAGUGACAUCUCAGAGAAUUAAAGCCGUCGGCUUGCUCAAUAGAACAAAUAACGCGGAUUUUCAACGUCUUUUAGAGUUUGGGGUUAUUUUAUUUUUUCCUGAGAUUAAAUCGUAUUUUAUGAAUGCUGAAAUACAUAAGCACUUUUCAAUUAAAAACGAAAUGCCCAAAAAUCUUGAUUUUUCACUUGAUCAAGAUCGUUACAUUUUGUAUAAGGACAAAAUUAUUUUGAGUCCCUACCAACUAAUUACCGUGAUUACUGAAGCAGCGUUAGCCUAUGAUCCACAAUCAGCUCUAUCUUCAGAAGCAGAUAUUUCUAAUUCUGGAAGAAAAAUUCGGCGGAAAACAAGUUUAAAUGGAGCUUUGGGCUCGUCACUUUUUGAGUUUCAUUUUUUUUCCCGCCGGAUUUUAGAGAUGAUUUCUCUUCGUCUUGACAAGGAAAAUUUUCAGAAGACAUUAAAUGAACCUUCUCCAAAAAAAAAAGAAUCAACCUCAUAUAUUAUUUCCGAUGAUUCAUUUGAUGAAGAAGAUGAAAUAUUACCCAAACCUGAUGUUUUAGCUGAAAAAACUGGCAAAAGAAACGGCCAAGAUUAUGAUUCUCUAGAGUCUAGCAAUGAAAUCCCACAAAGUCCUGAGUGCUUGGACACGGACUCAGAGCAGCCAACAUAUGAAAAUUCAACGCCGGCUUUAGAUCAGGAGGAUGCACCAAAUUUGGAUUAUAGUGAUCACAGUACAACCGAUGCUGCGGAAAAUGACAAAACAGAAAAUUUUCAAAAGAACAAACGACUUAGAGCUAUCUACAAAGGACAAACGAAAGCUACUGUUACACUAAGCUCCUAUCUGACUACGGAUGGCUCCUCGAAAAAGUCUUCACCCCAGAGAAUUCUUUCGAAUUCAUUGGCACCACAAACCCCAACAAGAGGUAAAAAAAGAGGAAGACCCGCUGGCUCAAAAAAUAAAAAAUAA